GUUGAUGCGUCUCUAAGGUGACUGACUGCACAGAACAGCACAAGGGGCGGCCUGGCAAGUGGACACUUGGCUUAAAGACAUCAAUCUGGAAAUAAAUCGAUCGGACUUUAAGUGAAGCAGAACUCGAGGCGCUUCCUCAAAGGUCUUUAAACUGUCUGUGCACAUGGAGGCGAGCCUGACAUCAGCCCCUCACUCGGUGAAGCGGUGGCAGCUGAGCGGGACGGACUAUGAGCCGCAGCAGGCCGGCACCCUGCUGUCCGACACCCGCUUCAGCAGCUGGACUCCCCUGAACAACAAGCGGAUCAACCUGCAGGUCAGAAAUACUACGUGGGCCUUGUUAUUUGAGGAGAGAGUGAAUCUUGUGCUACACUGGUUUGAUCUGUGGACGGACAGACAGAGGAAACACCUGCUGCACUCUCUGCUCACUCGUGGCACCAAGUCACAGCUCAAGUACUGCCGGGAUUUGCUGAUUGAGACGGUUCCGGUCACGAAAGUGGACCUUACAUCAGUGCUGCCUCGGUUUCUCUCCCUGUAUGUGAUGUCGUUUCUGUCCCCACGUGACCUUUGCAAAGCUGCCCAAGUCAGCUGGCACUGGAGGGUUCUAGCUGAGCAGGACUGUCUGUGGGCGGGCCGGUGCAUCAGACGAGGCUGGUUCCUUCCUUACACUCCUGGAGAUAAAGAGUUUGGUGCAUGGAAAACUCACUAUGUCUCCUGCCUCUCCACACUUGACUGGCUCACUCCACGGGAGGCAGCAGAGAUGUAUGGGACCCUCAACCAGCAAAGCACAGGAAUGACAGAGGAAGAGGAAGAGAGGAGGAGGGAGAAGAGGAUCAGGCAGCAAAUCAGAGAGAAGCUUCAAGAGGAGAAGAGACUGUCUGUAAGUGCCAGGAGACCCUGGGGCAGCUACACAAAGCCAGAAAUAGCCAGAGGUGGAGGUACCCAGAAAGGGAGACCCGAGUCUGGCCCAACAUUCGUCUCUCAGCCCCCCCUCUCCUGGCCUCUGAGGAGCGUUGGCUCUUCCAGCCACUCUCUCAGCCUGGAAAGAGGACAGCCCACAAGUGCACCUCAGACCUGGGAGAGAGUCCAGGCCUCCAGCAUUAGCAGCGAAACACUGAUCAAAACCAGAGGAGCGCUGUCGUCUUUUAUCUACAGACCUGCACAGCCUCACACAGUCUCUCCCCUUCACCUAUCCGCUCCUGCCCUGCUACUGCUCAUCUCCAACAGAAUUCCUGCUUAUGAGCUGGUGUUGAGCGGAGUGAAGCCUGGUGUGAUUGCGGUUCUCUAUGACCACAGAGGGACUCUCUCAUCUCUGCUAACCCAGGUGGAGAGGGCUAUUUCUGGGAAACCAGCUCAGAGGAUUGGCCUGCUAGCUUGCGGAGGAACACAGGAAAUUCACCUGCUUCACAACUCUAGCCUAUCAGAGAAGACUCUACUGAUUCCUGAUCGUAGGGAAUUCUGGGAAAAACUGUGUGGCAUGGUGGCUCCAACUGAGGAAGGAGGAGGGAUUGACAUAUUCUGCCCGCUGGCUGCAUCUGCAUCAGGAGUGGCUCUCCUCCAGAAUCUCUCCACGCUGACUGGUCUGGAGGUUCGGGCACCGGUGGGUGUGGCCACCGGGAAUUUCCAGAACAUCCUCAGUGAGUGGUCUGAUGGCAGUGUGCAUACCGGCCUCUCAGAGCACCAGCCAGCACGCCCGGCCCUGCAGUAUGUGUGUGAGGCUGUACUGCAGGGCUGGUGCACGCAGGCUCAGUGGAUGGAGGAGGCGCUGGUAGAGCUGAGGAGCACCUUAGGGCUGCAGCUACAGUGGGCCAGCGUCCAGGCAAGGGGCCGAGCUCUGGGCUAUUUUCUGUGGGAGAGAAUCCGCAUUGACGAGAUUUGUGUGUCCAGAGAUCUCAGCGAGGCUCUGAUCGAAGGACUCACUGCUCUGACCAGAGAGGAGGAGACCCGACCUGUGGAGUUUCUUUCCAUCUUUCUGAAAAACUGGAAUGAAGAGAAGAAGAGACAAGAGGGUAAUGGACAGGACAGCAGUGGAGCUGAUGGUGGUUCACAGACAUGCUUCAAUGUGAUACCUGAUCUACCACAGAUGGUUCUGGAUUGGAGAGGUGCAGCUGCGAGAGAGCUGCACCACAGCGAGUGUCUUUAUCUGGGAAAGCUAAACGCGGUGCUGAAGGUGUACAAGGAGCCUCUCACAGCAGCUCUGAACUCCAACAGAGCCAUUCUGAGCUAUGCUGACAUCCACAUUGUCCUCAGUCCUGUUGCACAAAUACUGGAGCUCAACAGGGUGUUUCAGGCUGAUUUACAGGCGCGGCUACAGCAGUGGGGUGCAGAGAAGUGUAUUGGAGAUGUUUUCGUGAAGUUCUGCUCAAAACUUAGAGUCUACACAAACUACCUCAACAACUACACCACUGCCAUCCACACCACUGAUAAGUGUAGGGAGAGCAAGCCAUCAUUUCGGGCUUUCUUGAAGAGAUCAGACAGAACGCUUGCAACUCACAUGCUGAGCCUACAAGAGCUGCUGCUGUGUCCAGUGUGGAGGAUGCAGGAGUAUGUGACUCUGCUUCAAGCUCUGUCCUUGCACACGCACCCCGGUCAUCCUGACCACGUACAUCUCCGCUCUGCCCUCAACACGCUGCUCCAGUUCAGAGAGUUCAUACACAAGUUAAAGCGCAGCUCAGAGGCAGAUAGACUGAUAGAGGAAACGCAGCGACAGAUUCAAGGCUGUCCGAACCUCAGUGAAGAAAACAGGCAACUAAUAAUGACUCAGGAUGCUGCUCUGCUCAGGAGCCCUGAUGAGCAGAUACCGGAUUCUCUCAAGACCUAUGAGCACGUCUGUGAUGUGGGCCUCUUCCUGUUCACCGAUGCUUUGGUGUUGACUCGGCAAAAUGUCCAGCACACACCUUUCACGCUGGCUCACCAGAGCACACACACAUUUCUGGCCUCUGUGGCUCUCACCAGCCUGUCUGUGAGAGAGAUCAGGCACACACGCUAUGUGAGCCAUGCUUUUGUCCUCGAGGGUCCCUGCCACUCCUGGGUCUGUGCCACACAGAGAGGCGAAGAGAGACAGCACUUCCUGUCUGUGCUGCGUUCAGCUAUAGAGUGUGCUUUGGCAGGACAUCAGUGACAGCGAGGUUUGGAAAAAGACUGUUUGACUAUUUUUAUGUCAAAAGGUUUUUGGAAACUAAAAUUUAUGAAGGAAAUUCUAUUUUAAUGUCGUAGUUAAGUGAAAAAUAUGUAGACCAUCUGCCAGUGUUUAUAUUUAAUUGAUGCUACUUUUACCGUUACUGUAUAGUUCUAAAAUAUGCAGUAUUAGAAAUCUCAUAUGUUUGCAUUUAUAAGAUGAAAAAUGCCUCAGUACACAUUUCUACACAUACUUACAUCUUUACAACAUCUUUAUACUCCAUUUAGCGAUACAGUUAUUCAUUAGACAUUAGCCAUUUUCACACAUUUUCACAUGCUGUCUUGACCUUUUCUUAGCAUUACCAAGCAGAGCUGUAUGUUGAGUCAGAUCAGACAUUAAACAGACUUCACCCUGCCAGCUCCCAGGUUCAGAGUCUGUGUAAUCUCUGACCGGUGUGAGGAAAAACACAGGUAACUGUCUGGAAAAUGUAAAGUAGGCUGUUGCCUCAACUGAUGUAUUUCUGGUAGUUUUAUAUGAUAUGAGAAAAGUCUGAUAAAGAACAGUUGUGCUCUAAGUGUUGGUUUUUGGU